AUGAACACAACAACAAACACAACGCUUCUGGAGGACAUCCAGAAGCUUCAAGGUGAACCAUUCGGUGAGAGCCUGACCACGAAUACUUUCUGGAUGCUUCUAUUCCUCAUCUUCUCCAACCUCUUCUGGACUCUCUGGCAGUUGGCUGACCUCGCCUUCUGCAAGUCGGUCGACCGUUCAACACACAACAGCGACCUGGCAAGCGAGAAUAAUGAUGAGCCGACGCGGCAGGACUUUAUGUCACGAAACAUCGCAUCACGUAAUGUCCAGUGCCUUGCUGUCACCUUUUCUAGCUUUCUUCUCCUGGCACAGCUCGUCGAAGGCUACUGGGUGUCACGACUAUUUACUGGGAUUACCGUCAUCAGGUUCACCGAGUGGAGUGAAGCGACUUCCCACUUCGAGCCCCCUGUCCUGCACUACAUCUUCAAUGUCCCUGCGAUCGCCUUCUUGUUAAUUACUUGGAUCGGAAUCCUCAGUUUUGGCGCUGUCAUACUUGAUGUCCAGUGGAGAUACACCAAGGAGCUUCUCACGCUCAGGAUCAAGGACCAGAACAAGGGACAUUGCCAAGGCCUUCAGUGCGCAGCAGAAACUGGAAAUGGGGGGAACGGCAGCGAGGCUGAUCUGGAAUCUGGCUUGUUUAUGGCGGACAAGGAAGCCCCGGGAAACCUUUUCGGAACGACAUAUCGAUGA